AAUAAGAAUAAUUAGGAUAUCUUAUCACUAAUAGCUAGGACUCUUGGUGAUUUUCGAAACGGAUAUUCUUCCGAUGAUGACACCAACAUGAAUUCAGAAAAUGAAGUGAUUGCAGAUGUUGAUACUGGUAAUUCCGAUGAUGAGACUAAUGGAGAUGUAGAUAAUGAAGCUGCAGCUGUUACUUCUAGCAAUCCCGAUGAUGUUACUUACAUGGAUUCAAAUAAUGAUAUUGAUAAUGAUUCGGAAGAAUCCGAGGCUGACACUAUCAUUCUCGAUUUUGAUGACUAUUCUCAUGGCAAUGUUCCUAAUCCCGACCUAAAUGGUGCUGAUGUUGCCUGCAGUUUACGGCGCGACGCGGUUACACCUGCGGACUUGAACAACGCUAUCAGAAGUGAAGAAUGUAUGACUUACAUGGCCGCUGUUCCGAACGUCUACUACAAGCCCUGUGGGCACUAUACUUUUUGCGAAGCCUGUCAUAAGAAGAUGUUGAAUGAUGUGCUAACCGAGGGUGGUGAUUUCAUAUGUCAAAUGUGUCAUCAGUAUGUAAACGAAGUUUUUAUUAUUUAAAACAACUUUUAAAAACGGUGUCAAAGAUGGUCUUCAGCAAGGUUUUAUAAAAAAAAGAAAUUUCGUUUUGAGGGUACUCUCAGACACUGCCCCUUCCCUAUUUCGAAAAAAUAUUCAAUGACUUUUCACUUUCAUAAGCGUAUCAAAAUUUUAUUAACAAUUGGAAUAAAAAUUAAACAA